GGUGUGUGCAGCAAUUUGUUGUCCAUAAAUGGCCAAACAGCCAAGUCAAUAAACCCCAAUAAAGCCCACAUUGGCUAUUUAUUAUGAAUUUCGAAGCAGCGCCGAGUGCGGAGCGUUGAGAAUGGCGAAAAUCAAUCGAAGGCGAAAUUCCAUAAGUGGCGGACGUACAUCACAAAAUACUACAGAACUGGCCCACAAUACAGAAAGCAAGAGGUUGAGAUAAACACAUACGGAAACCUAGAACAGAGGAGAGGAAAAGCGCAGCCAAAAUGCCCGUCUUCCACACAAAAACCAUCGAGAGCAUUUUAGAUCCUGUGGCCCAACAGGUAUCUCGCCUGGUGAUCCUCCACGAGGAGGCUGAGGAUGGCAACGCAAUGCCAGACCUCAGCCGGCCGGUGCAGGUGGUGUCGGCGGCGGUGGCCAACUUGGUGAAGGUUGGCCGGGAGACCAUCAACAGCUCCGACGACAAGAUACUGCGCCAGGACAUGCCCUCGGCAUUGCAUCGCGUGGAGGGUGCCUCGCAGCUGCUGGAGGAGGCCUCGGAUAUGCUCCGCUCCGACCCGUACUCGGGUCCGGCGCGCAAGAAGCUGAUCGAGGGGAGCCGCGGCAUCCUGCAGGGCACCUCCUCGCUGCUGCUCUGCUUCGACGAGAGCGAGGUGCGCAAGAUCAUCCAGGAGUGCAAGCGCGUGCUGGACUACCUGGCCGUUGCCGAGGUAAUUGACACCAUGGAGCAUCUUGUGGACUUCCUCAAGGAUCUCUCGCCGUGCCUCAGCAAGGUGCACCGCGAGGUCGGUGCCCGUGAGAAGGAGCUGACCCACCAGGUGCACAGCGAAAUCCUCGUGCGUUGUUUGGAGCAGGUCAAGACCCUGGCCCCCAUUCUCAUCUGCAGCAUGAAGGUCUACAUCCACAUCGUGGAGCAGCAGGGACGCGGUGCAGAGGAGGCGGCCGAGAACAGGAACUACCUGGCUGCCCGCAUGAGCGACGAGCUGCAGGAAAUCAUCCGCGUGCUGCAGCUGACCACCUACGACGAGGACACCAGCGAGCUGGACAAUCUCACGGUGCUAAAGAAGCUCUCCAAUGCCAUCACCAACAAGAUGCAGCUGGCCAACGAGUGGCUAUCCAAUCCCUAUGCGCUGCGGGGCGGCGUCGGCGAGAAGGCCCUCCGCCAGGUGAUCGACAAUGCCACCGAGAUCUCGGAGCGCUGCCUGCCCCAGGAUUCGUAUCCCAUCCGCAAGCUGGCCGACGAGGUGACCGCCAUGGCCAACACCCUAUGCGAGCUACGCCAGGAUGGCAAGGGCCAGUCGCCGCAGGCGGAAUCCCUGGCUCGCGGCAUUCGUGAUCGUCUGGGUGAGCUCCAGUCCCUGGUUCACCAGGCAGUGCUCGGCGUGGACAAGGCCGGUGUACAGCAGACGGCUCACACCAUCCAGGGCCGUCUGGAGCAGGCUGUGAAGUGGCUCCAGCACCCCGAAAUCAACGACGGCGGCCUGGGAGAGCGUGCCAUCAACCUGAUCGUAGAGGAGGGCCGCAAGGUGGCCGAGGGCUGCCCUGGCCACCAGAAGGCCGAGAUCCAGCAGCUGUGCGACGAGGUGGAGCGCCUGAAACGGCAGGCAGCUGGCUCUGGACCGGCGGCUAAGCAGGCGGCCAAGCAGCUCACCCAAAAGCUCUACGAGCUGAAGGCGGCCAUCCAGAACGCCCUGGUCAACCGGAUCGUGCAGGACUUUAUGGACGUGAGCACCCCGCUGAAGCAGUUCACCGAGGCGGUGCUGCUGCCGGAAGGCACUCCCGGCCGGGAGCAGAACUUCAACCAGAAGUCGAACAACCUGCAGGCCUUCAGCGAUCGGGCCUCGAAGACGUCGCGAAUGGUGGCCGCCGGCGGUGCCUGUGGCAACAAGAAGAUUGCCGAGAUUUUGCUCUCAUCUGCCGCCCAGGUGGAUUCGCUUACCCCGCAGCUCAUCAGCGCCGGCCGCAUCCGGAUGAACUAUCCAGGCAGCAAAGCGGCGGAUGAGCACCUGCAGAACCUGAAGCAGCAGUACGCGGACACGGUGCUGCGCAUGCGGACGCUUUGCGACCAGGCCACCGAUCCGGCGGACUUCAUCAAGACCUCCGAGGAGCACAUGCAGGUCUAUGCCAAGCUCUGCGAGGACGCCAUCCACGCCCGCCAGCCCCAAAAGAUGGUGGACAACACGUCGAAUAUCGCUCGCUUGAUCAAUCGUGUCCUUCUGGUGGCCAAGCAGGAGGCGGACAACUCCGAGGAUCCAGUCUUCACGGAGCGCCUGAAUGCUGCAGCCAACCGGCUGGAGCGCUCCCUGCCCGCCAUGGUGGGCGAUGCCAAGCUGGUGGCCACAAAUAUUGCGGAUCCGGCAGCGGCCGCCGCCUGGAAGAACUCCUUCCAGCGCCUGCUGGGUGAUGUGCGCGAGGUGCGUGAUGCCAUUGCCCCGCCGCAGCCACCGCCGCUGCCCACAUCCCUGCCGCCGCCCAUUCCGGAGCUGAGCGCCCUGCAUCUGUCCAACCAGAAUGCUGAGCGUGCGCCACCACGCCCGCCACUACCCAGAGAGGGUUUGGCCCCGGUGCGUCCCCCACCGCCGGAGACGGACGAUGAGGACGAGGGCGUCUUCCGCACCAUGCCGCAUGCCAAUCAGCCCAUUCUGAUUGCAGCCCGUGGCCUGCACCAAGAGGUACGCCAGUGGUCGUCCAAGGACAACGAAAUCAUUGCGGCCGCCAAGCGCAUGGCUAUCCUAAUGGCCCGCCUCAGCGAGCUGGUGCUAUCCGAUUCCCGCGGCAGCAAGCGGGAGCUGAUUGCCACUGCCAAGAAGAUCGCAGAGGCCUCUGAGGAUGUGACGCGGCUGGCCAAGGAGCUGGCCCGUCAGUGCACGGACCGUCGCAUUCGUACCAACCUGUUGCAGGUGUGCGAGCGCAUUCCCACCAUUGGCACCCAGCUAAAGAUCCUUUCCACGGUGAAGGCAACAAUGCUGGGCGCCCAGGGUUCUGACGAGGAUCGGGAGGCCACUGAGAUGUUGGUGGGCAAUGCCCAGAACCUGAUGCAGAGCGUGAAGGAAACGGUGCGCGCCGCCGAAGGAGCCAGUAUCAAGAUUCGCUCGGAUCAAACCAGCAAUCGCUUGCAGUGGGUGCGCCGGCAGCCCUGGUAUCAGUACUAGGUGCUUUACCUCUCUCUCUCUCUUGACGGGGACCUGCCCAACUGUCCCCCUGUCAAACCUGCCACCUGCCACCUGUGCCUUGUGUGUACCAUACAAAGCUUAACACUAAUCUUAAUGAUUUCUAUCUUAAAUGUUAACCUCUUAAUCAGUUCCAACUGAAACUAUUUAUUGUGCUCAUACCCCCUCCCUCCCUGCCCCGAUCCCACUCUGAUAUGGUUUCGAUAAUUGUAAAAUUAAUUAUUAAGCGUGCAAUAAAAGCGAAAGAAGGAAACAAGCCACGAUCGGCCGGGUAGAUGUACAUACAAUACAUGCAAGCAGCAGUCAGUCGUCAGUCAGGUUUAAGCGAACGCAAUAUGUAUAUAGAAUAAGUGAAGCAAGUGAAAGAGUUUUGAACUUGAACGCCGCACACCCCAAAAACCUUAUGCCCCGUCCCUCGACUGUAUUCGUAGUGUACUAACAGCAGCAUUUAUUAUUAUUGAACCCGCCUCUGCUGGAGGAACUAGCUCCCUCACCCUCACCCUCACACCCCUUUUGCCACUUGCCAUUGUUUGUUAUGUUCGGAACUAAAACUCACUAAAACUGCGAAUUAUUCGUUGGCGAAAGCAAUGCUAACCCAAGAGCCCAUUGUAAUUCCCCCUCACCAUGUGUGUCCAUGUUCAAGAUACUGAUAUAAUUGAAAUAAAACUGAAUAUCGAGUGUUAA